AUGUUGCUUGUUUUUAACAGAAUUCAUACAGUAGAAAACCUCCGUGAAAGUAAUGAAGGCAAUCCGUGUGGGAAAACCUUCAGGCGGAUUCCAAAUCUUACCGUGCAGAAAAGAAAUCCUGCAGAAGUAAAUCCUUUUGAAUGCUUUGACUGUGAAAAAGCCAUCAUGGAUCCCUCAUCACAUAACCACCAUACCUGUCAGUUUAUUACAUCUAGAGAAGCCUGUGGUGGUACCACUCCUAUGAGAACUCUUAGUGGAAAGAAACCCCAUAAGUGUGAGGUAUGUGGAAAGGAUUUCAUUUGUAUCUCAACUCUUAAGAAUCCUGUGACAACACUCACUAGUGACAAUCAGUAUAAAUGUGAUGAGUAUGGGAAAGAUUUCUGUAGUUUCUCGUCCUUUUGGACACAUGUGAGAGGUCAUAAGGGUGAAUGUAAAGAAAGUUCUUCUAGUGACCCUUUAUCCCUCCUUUUCUAUAACAGAGAUAAGCCUUAUGAAUGUAGGGAAUUUAGAAAAGCCUUUAAUUUUUCCUCAGCCCUCACUGCACAUUUAGGCACUCACAGUGAAGAGAGGCCUUAUGAAUGUAAGGAACAUGGGAAAGCCUUUGGUUGGCCCUCAUACCUCACUACACAUAUAACAACUCACACUGGAGAGAGGCCUUAUGAAUGUAAUGAAUGUGGGAAAGACUUUAGGCAAUCCUCAAACCUCAUUGUACAUAGAAGGAUUCAAAGUGGAGAAAGACCUUAUGAAUGUAAGGAAUAUGGAAAAGCCUUUAAGUCUUCCUCACAUCUCACUAAUGAUAGAAAAACUCACAGUGGAGACAAGCCAUAUAAAUGUACAGAAUGUGGGAAAGCCUUUAGUCAGGCUUCAUCCGUUACUGCACAUAUAAGAACUCACAAUGGACAGAGGCCUUAUGAAUGUAAGGAAUGUGGGAAAACAUUUAGGUAUUCUUCUAACUUCACUUCACAUAUAAGAACUCACAGUGGAGAGAAGCCUUAUGAAUGUAAGCAAUGUGGGAAAGCCUUUAGGCAGUCCUCAGCCCUCAUGACACAUAGAAGAAUUCAUACUGGAGAGAGGCCAUAUGAAUGUAAGGAAUGUGGGAAAGCCUUUCGUCAGCUCUCAAACCUCACUACACAUAUAAGAAUUCACAGUGGAGAGAAGCCUUAUGAAUGUAAGCAAUGUGGGAAAGCCUUUAGGCAGUCCUCAGGCCUCAUGACACAUAGAAGAAUUCAUACUGGAGAGAGGCCAUAUGAAUGUAAGGAAUGUGGGAAAGCCUUUACAGAGCCCUCACAGCUCACCUCGCAUAUGCGAACUCACAGUGGAGAGAGACCUUAUGAAUGUGAGGAAUGUGGGAAAGCCUUUAGUCACUCAGGAAACUUCACUAACCAUAUAAGAACUCACAAUGGGCAGAGGCCUUAUGAAUGUAAGGAAUGUGGGAAAGCCUUUCGUCACCUCUCAAACCUCACUACACAUAUAACAAUUCACAGUGGAGAGAAGCCUUAUGAAUGUAAGCAAUGUGGGAAAACCUUUAGGCAGGCCUCAGGCCUCAUGACACAUAGAAGAAUUCAUACUGGAGAGAGGCCAUAUCAAUGCAAGGAAUGUGGGAAAGCCUUUAGUUAUUCUUCAGCGAUGGCUUCACAUAGGAGAGCUCAUACUGGUGUCAGGCCUUAUGAAUGUAAGGAAUGUGGGAAAACGUUUAGGUAUUCUUCUAACUUCACUUCACAUAUAAGAACUCACAGUGGAUAGAGCCCUUAGGAAUGUAAGGAAUGUGGGAAACGUUUAGGCAUUCUUAUAACUUUACUUCACGUAUAAGAACUCACAGUCGAUAGAGCCCUUAUGAAUGUAAGGAAUGUGGGAAAGUCGUUAGCCAAUCCUCAAACCUCAUCGUACAUAGAAGGAUUCGCAGUGCAGAAAGGCCUUAUGAAUGUAAGGAAUGUGGAAAAGCCUUUAAGUGUUCCUCACAUCUCACUGAU